AUGCUGGAGACAGUAAGGAUCAGAAGGGCCGGCUACAGUGUGCGAAUAGAGUGGGACGCCUUCAUUCAACAAUAUCGCGUACUUCUUCGCAAUGGUUUGAACAGUACGAGAGAAGAUGUGAAGCAAUUCCUCAGUACGCAUCCAUCAAUCUCACCAGACAAUGUUCAGUACGGUGUGAGCAAGAUCUAUAUGAGGGAUGCCGAGAAACUGAUUCUUGACGACCACCUUCACAGGGUAAUCAUGCAACACAUCGGUGAGUUUGUAACUUGCUCAGUGUUAAGCAGCACUAAUUUUCAUGCGAGGAAGCGAUACUUACGGCUGAAGCAAGGCAUAGUGAAGAUUCAGGUUGUUCUUCUUACGCUAGGAAAUGACUAUACUGCUCGCAAACGAUCUCCGUUCAGGCACUGGUAUCGUGAAGAGCAUCGUUAUCGGCUGCUGCGUGAAGCCGUCAUUGCUCUUCAGUCUGCGUUCCGAGGCCGAGAAGCCAGAAAGAGGCUCGGAGAUAUUCCUCGUCAAAGAGGGCGGAUUCGUGUCAAGCGAGUUCAGGCUGUGAAGUUGCCUGUGUUUGAUCUCGACAAUCCUCAAUCACUCGCUGUGUUCGGGUUGAGUGAUGACGACGAUCUUGAAAGGUAA